AUGGAUGAGUUUGAGGAGGACAGUGCAGUUCCCCAGCUCAGAGGAGACCAACAGGUGGGAGAGCAGCAGCCAUCUGAUCGGCCAGUCCUGCCCACAGGGAGCCAGGAUGAGAUGGAGGACCAGGGAAAGCCCACUCAGGGACGGGGGCAGGACAGUGGUGAGGAGUGGGACACUGAUCUGGAAAAAGACGAUGCCACAAAUAAGAGACAGAAUUUAUCCCGUGCGGAGCUGUACCUGCGGGCCUGUCAGCGGACAGGGGCCGUUCCUGUUUCCUCCUUCCUCCGUCACUUGGGAGAAGCCACCCUCAACCUGAACCACUAUGGUGUGGGACCUCGGGGGGCCAAAGCUCUGGCCACAGCUCUGCAAAACGACAGUGAUGUCACCAACCUUGAGCUGGAGGACAACGCGCUUCGGGCACAGGGGACACGCUACCUGAUGGAGAUGCUUCAAACAAACAUGAGCAUUCAGUGUCUAAAUCUUUCCAACAACCAGCUGCACCUUGAAGGAGCAGCCGUCGUCUCCAAAAUGCUGUGUGACAAUUAUUACAUCAAAUCCAUCAAACUCGCAGGAAAUUAUUUGGAUGAUUCUGCUGCUAAAUACUUUGCUGAUGCUUUAAAGGGCGACUAUGUGGUCAAAGUACUGGACCUCAGUGACAACAAGUUCUCUGAUACAGGAGGAGAGCACCUCGGUCACAUGUUAGCCACAAAUGUAGGCAUUGAAGUCCUGAAUCUGAGCUGGAAUCAGAUUGGUAAGCGCGGUGCAGUGGCUUUGAGUGCUGGGCUGAAGGUAAACUCGACUCUGAAGGAGCUCCAGCUGUCGUGGAACAGUUUUGGCAAGAAUGAGGCAGAGUCACUGGGUCAAGCACUGAAACAAAACAGCACGCUGGUGCUGCUGGACCUCAGCAGUAACAUCAUAGAUGAUCAGGCUGUGGCACUGCUCUGCCAGGGCCUAGCCACCAAUGACACCCUCAGGGUCCUCAAGCUCUCCCAUAACCCUAUGACUGACAUCGGAGCUGUGACGCUGCUCAAAACAGUUAAAAAAAACACAAAAUCAGCGUUGGAGGAGAUCGAUAUUUCUACAGUGUUUGUGUAUGAGGCCUUUGUGGAGCUGCUGGAAGAAGUCAGUCAGAUGCGUCCUGCUAUGGAUGUCCGGUACAGAGUCCUGAGCUUCGUCACCAGGAACUUGUCUGCCCUCCAGAUCUUUCAGAAAGCCCUUGAAGAGCGAAAUGAGAGCAUCAUGGAUUUCUUCCAGGCCUUGGAUAAAGAGGGAACCAUGAAGGUCUCCACCUCUGCCUUUAGAAAUGCUGUUAAGACAGCUAACAUACCUCUGAGUCAGCGACAGCUUGAUUGGUUGAUCAGGAAGUUUGACAGGACGUGCACAGCCAGCAUAAUCUACAGUCAGCUUGCUGAGCUCUCAUAG